AUAUUUUUCAUUCAGUUAAUGUGCAGUAAACCUGUAAUCAAAUGCUGAUGUUUCAUUUCAUAACUGUCUGCACAAAACCAAGUAACCAACUACAGAUACUCGUUGUAAAGCCCAGUAACCACACUUGGGUCCCUCCUAGACUGGCAUACAUGAGCAAUGACGUAACUUCCCAAGUAGAAGAAUCAAGAGAGUUCCACUUCCAUCCAAUAUUCUCUCCUUUGUCUAUAAACCCACGAACGAUCUUAAUCCCUCAGCUCACCAAAAAGAAGGCAAAAUCGAUCGAGAUGGCAGCAACCCAAAUCCCAGUGGUGGUUCUUGAAUCCUCCGAUGGCCGCAGGACCAUGCCUGUGCUUGGCUUCGGCACAGCAUCCGACAAUUCACAACCAGAAGUUUUGAUAGAAGCUGUUCUCGAGGCCAUCAAGCUCGGUUACCGCCACUUCGACACGGCUUCCCUGUACGGCUCGGAGCAGAGUCUGGGAGUAGCCAUAGCCCAAGCACUCAAACUCGGCCUCGUGGCUUCUCGAGACGAGCUCUUCAUUACUUCCAAGCUUUGGCCUAAUGAUGCUCACCCUGAUUUGGUUCUUCCUGCUCUCAACAAAUCCCUUGAGAAUCUUCAAUUGGAUUACCUUGAUCUGUAUCUGAUCCACUGGCCCAUCAGUGCCACGCCUGGGAAAUUGAGUCACUCUCUCGAGGAAAAGGACCAAAUGCCGAUGGACUUCAAGGGUGUGUGGGCAGCCAUGGAAGAAGCUCAGAGACGUGGCCUCACCAAAUCCAUUGGAAUCAGUAAUUUCUCUACCAAAAAGACUCAGAAUUUGCUCUCUUUUGCUACCAUUCCUCCUUCAGUCAAUCAAGUUGAGAUGAGCCCAUUUUGGCAACAAAAGAAGCUCAGAGAAUUUUGCAAAGCCAAUGGUGUAGUUGUGACUGCCUUCUCCCCAUUGGGUGCCAUAGGAACCAGUUGGGGUACCAAUCAUGUUCUCGAAAGCAAAGUGCUUAAUGAAAUCGCUGAGGCUCGGGGAAAGACUGUUGCUCAGGUCUGCAUUAGAUGGGUUUAUCAGGUAGGAGCAACACUUGCAGUCAAGAGCUACAACAAGGAGAGGUUGAAGCAGAAUAUGCAGGUGUUCGACUGGGAACUAACACAAGAGGAUCUUGACAAGAUCAGUCAAAUCCCACAGCGCAAAAUGAUGCUUCGAGAAGAGAUGGUGACGGCUACUGGCCCAUACAAGUCCCUUGAUGAGUUAUGGGACGGAGAGUAUUAACUCUACAUUGUUUGAAAAUGCAUGUUUAUUUGUAUCAAAAUAAGGGUGCCAGCUAGGUCAUCAUGUAUCCAUGGCACGCAUUGUGUAAGACUUUUGUUCGAUUCUGGAAACGUAAUAGCGUAUUGCUUGGUUUUAUUCCAAAAACACUA